AGCUAACUUAUUUGAGUAACUAAAACAAAAAAAAAAACCCAACACUUCCCACGGAUUAACAAAUCAAACUAAAAUUAAAACAUCCCCAAAUCUCAAAUAAAAUCCGCCAUUGUUUGUUUAGCGUCGAAGCUCAAGCUUAAGGGCAAUGUACCUGACGUUGUAUAUACUAACUUCUUUUCCUUUUUUAGGGUGCCCACCGGUCUCCAUAAUAAGAUCCGCCAUUAUUUGUUUGAAUUGGUACUAAGAAUUUUUCACUAGCAAUAGUUAACGAUGAACCUGGUUACAUGGACAAGCUCCAUUUGAGAUGGUUUUGCUCCGUUACCCAGAAGACUAACAGAAAAUCCUACAGUUGGUAUUGUUCUUUUUCUACUCAAACUUUGUACACCUCUUGCGUCAAAGAAAUAACUUAUCUUUGCUCAAAGGGAGCCAUCAAAGAAGCUUUCGAGAGGUUUAAAUCUCAAAUAUGGUCAGACCCGAAUCUUUUUUCUCAUUUAAUUCAUGGUUGUAUCUCUACAAAAUCCCUUUCAUGGGCAAAACAACUUCAUUCAUUGAUAAUCACUUCUGGGUGUUAUUUAGACAAGUUUACCAACAAUCAUUUGAUGAACAUGUAUGGAAAACUUGGGGAAUUAGAUACUGCUUUAGUUUUGUACAAUGUAAUGCCAAAGAAAAAUUUCAUGUCUAGUAAUAUUUUGAUUAAUUGUUAUGUUGGUAAUGGUGAUUUAGUGAGUGCCCACAAGGUGUUCGAUGAAAUGCCUGAACGAAAUGUUGCAUCUUGGAAUGCUAUUGUUACAGGGAUGAUACAACAUGAGUGUAAUGAGAAAGGAUUGGACUUGUUUUCAAGGAUGCAUCAGUUGGGUUUUAGUCCUGAUGAGUUUACAUUGAGCAGCGUGUUUCGAGGUUGUGCUGGUUUGAGAGCUUUGUUCUGUGGAAGGGAAGUACAUGCUUAUGCCAUAAAAAGUGGCCAUGAUCUGAGCUUGGUUGUUGGAAGUGCAUUAGCUAAUAUGUAUAUGAGGUGUAAAAGCUUGAAUGAGGGAGAGAAAAUCAUUCAAGGGAUGUCCAUUCAUAAUAUGGUGGCUUGCAAUACUCUUAUUGCUGGAAGAGUUCAAAAUGGGUACCCUGAGGGUGCUUUAGAGCAGUAUCAUUUGAUGAAAAAGUCGGGUUUUCACCCCGAUAAAAUCACAUUUGUUAGUGUCCUUAGUUCGUGCUCUGAACUCGCAACUCUCGGACAAGGGCAGCAAAUACACGCUGAAGUGAUAAAACGCCAGGCUACUUUAGCGGUCCCUGUAGUUAGUUCAUUGAUAAGCAUGUAUUCUAGAUGCGGAUGCUUGGAAGAUUCGAUCAAAGCUUUUAUGCAGCAUAAAGAUGCAGAUAUUAUCCUGUGGAGCUCUAUGAUUUCUGCUUACGGGUUCCAUGGAAAAGGCUAUGAAGCCCUUGAACUUUUCGAGCAAAUCGAGUGUAAAGGAUUGGAGGCGAAUGAAGUAACUUUCCUGUGUUUGCUAUAUGCUUGUAGUCAUUGUGGAUUAAAGGAUGAAGGGCUUGAAUACUUUGACCUAAUGGUAAAGAAAUACAGAUUAAAACCUAGUAUAGAGCAUUACACGUGUAUUGUCGACCUACUUGGUCGAUCUGGUUGUCUCGUGGAAGCACGAGAUAUGAUAAGAUCAAUGCCUGUAAAAGCCGAUGCUGUUAUAUGGAAAACGUUGUUAUCUGCUUGUAAGAUCCAUAAAAAUGUCGAUAUGGCUAAGAGUAUUGCUGAAGAGAUCCUAAAGCUCGAUCCAAUGGAUUCAUCUUCCUAUGUUCUGCUCGCAAACAUUCAGUCAGCCGCAAAGAGGUGGGAUGAAGUCUCGAUUGUGAGAAAAGCGAUGAGGGAUCGUGGGGUAAAGAAAGAACCCGGUCUUAGCUGGUUCGUGUUCAAGAACAAGGUUCAUCAGUUCACCAUGGGAACUAAGUCGCAUCCUAGGUCAUCGGAGAUAUACUUGUACCUAAAAGAACUGAUCGUAGACAUUAAGAAACUUGGGUAUGUUCCACAUACUGAAUCGGUUUUGCAAGACAUGGAUGAAAACGAAAAGGACACAAUGGCUCAGCACAGCGAGAAGUUGGCUAUUGCAUUUGCGUUAAUGAUCACACCUUCGGGUUUUCCUAUCAGAGUGAUGAAGAAUCUGCGUGUUUGUACUGAUUGCCAUACUGCUAUCAAGUACAUAUCGAAGAUUAAGGACAGGGAGAUUAUUGUGCGCGAUACUAGUAGGUUCCAUCAUUUUAAGAAUGGUGAAUGUUCUUGUCGCGAUUACUGGUAAGAUGUAAUCGGUGGCAACAAGUAUUGAUCGUUUAUGCGAAUCUGUUCGCGUUUUACUCAUAAAUUACUCUAGAACAGUAGACAUUCUUGAUGAGGGCAGCUUAUGGAUAGCUGCAAAAGAUGAAAAUUCUUUAUAACUUAGCAUAGAUAUGCUGUUCUUAGAAGGCCAUAUCGAAAUUUAUCUUAUUGUCAGCAUGGAGUGUAUUCCAUCAACUUUGAUGUUUUCCACCAUUUUCACAUGCACGUCGAUGGGUUUUCUUUGUACAUAUCCAAAUCAUCUUAACUUACUUCACAAGUUUUUUAUGGUGCAACUCAUAGUCUUUCUCUCGAAG